UUACGCCUAAAUGCAUGCGAUUUUGUUGCAUGCCAUAAUACGUGUUUGUGAACGGUUGUAACAGUAUUAGUGUAGGCAUAAGAUAGGAUAGGAUUAAGAAAUAUUGUAAAUAUAGAUAGAACCCAAAACGCAUUCGACCAGAGCAGACGUCCCCCCUUGAACAGCACAACGAACCAUCCGAACAUUUGGUCCUUCGAACCGGAUAGUUCCUGUUAGUUACCGUUCCUAUUGUUGUUUAAGUUACGUUGGUUUUGUGCAAAGUUAUAGUGUUUAUCGUCCUGGUGUUGUUGUGAACAAUUUGCGCUUGCGCUCGUAAGAACUUUGUGUCAGUUGUAACCAGCGAAGGUGUAAGGACGGAGAACGACAGUGUUUUUAUUUGUUUUCAAGGGGAAUUUGUGAUUUGUUUAAGUUUCACAUAGUAAUUUGUUCGAAUGCAGAUAAGUAAUUGCACGCGGACUUAACUAAGCGUGGGUUCAGGGUGUUGACCUUUCGAUUUGUCGGUGAACUAGUGAACUAUCAAGGACGGACAUUGCACAAGGUUUAGUGUGUUUACAGCAGUGGUAUUAGUGUAGUGUUUCGUACGCUGGAAGGAAAGUUCAUCGAUGAACAGUUCGGUGCCGUAGCAAGUUCUUCGAUAAGGAUAGAAGCAGCCAUUGCAACUAACCCACGGUGAUUAGGCAGGAACGGCGGUAGUGGCAAUUUUUGAAGCUUUAUCCGUGAAGUGUGGAACAAGCUUGCUUGCAGAGAUUGAUGUUGUGCCGAUAGCAAGGUUCAAAUUAUAGAAUUCAGUGUGUGGUCAACACGUGGCUUGAUAGUGGUAUUAGUGCGAAAGAACUAAGUACGUUAACCUUACAACGCAACGCGUCAGAGUGAACAGCUUUGAGAGUACGACAGGGUUCAUCAGUGAAGGUGAAGUGUUCAUCGAGAAUCGUUUACAGUGUCGGUCGUAAUAAUACGUGUGGAUUUCGCGUUCAUUUCGUAAUCCUUUUUUGUUAUCGCGAAGGAAGUGAAAAAUAUUUAAAAUGCCUGCAGGGGACAAGCAACAGAAACAAUUACAGCAGCUGCAGCGCUUAUAUCGCGAUAGUUUGCGUAGCAUUGACAUUUACGAAGAGUUUGUGAACAAUUACGAUCCAGCCAGAGAUAGUGACCAGGUCCCAGUGCAAUUAGAACAGUUAGAGGAAGUGAAAAAUGCAUUUACAGAUGCUCGAGCACAGUUACUCAUCGAAGAGUCAAGCGUCCAAGACGAAAUGUGGAAUGAUCAAAGGACAUUCAUGACAAAAUAUAUGAAGGUGAAGGGUUUUUUGUGCGCACAACAACGAGUAGAUGCAACAAAUCUUGUGGCUAGCAGUACGUUUCAAACAUCAGUGACGCAUACACCAUUACGACUUCCCGAAAUCAAUCUGCCUUCAUUCGACGGCGAUGCAACGAAAUGGCUCACUUUUAAAGAUCGUUUUACCUCUAUGGUUCAUGAAGUGAUAGAACUCCCAGAUGUAACAAAACUGCAGUAUCUGUUGACGGCGUUGAAGGGAAGUGCAGCAACACCAUACGAUCAUACGCAGUUAGUAGCAGAAAACUACGAGUCAACAUGGAAAUCAUUGCUACAGCGUUUUGAUGAUUCUAAGAGAAUAAAACGAGAAUAUUUCAAGGCACUUUACCAACUGGAGUCUAUGAACGGGUCAAGCGCUGAGGAGUUGGCACGUCUUGUAAAUGAGACCAGGCGGCUGGUACGAGGGAUGGAGAGGUUGAAUGAGCCGAUCCAGAAGUACUCACCCCUGGACACUUCCUAACUGGCUCGCACCUCCAGCAUGUCGUAGAGGUUGAUUUGAAGGAUGUACCAGAAAACCGUGUGAACCAUUGGCGCCUCGUUCAAAAACGACUACAACACUUCUGGGAAAGGUGGCGUUUAGAAUAUAUGCAACAAUUGAAUGGGAAACACAAAUGGGAUUGCAUUGCGACAAAAAUUGUGCCAGGAACAGUAGUAUUGUUAAGAGAGGAUAAUGUAGCACCUAUGAAAUGGCCAUUGGCGAUAAUAACAGAGGUUUACCCUGGUAGUGACGGCAUAGUAAGAGUGGUAAAAGUACGUACGGCUCAAGGCAAUGAGAUUAAAAGACCAACUGUGAGAAUCUGUAUUAUACCGAAUCAAGAACGACAAAUGGCACACGAUGGAAGUUAGAUUAAAGUUUGUACAUAGCAUGUUCUAAGGUUAGGAAUAAACGCAUGAAGCUAGCAAUUAUUUCACGAAAAGGAUUACAAGCAUGCGAGGUAAAAUUAAUGAAUUUUAGGUGGUCGGCAUGUUUACGCCUAAAUGCAUGCGAUUUUGUUGCAUGCCAUAAUACGUGUUUGUGAACGGUUGUAACAGUAUUAGUGUAGGCAUAAGAUAGGAUAGGAUUAAGAAAUAUUGUAAAUAUAGAUAGAACCCAAAACGCAUUCGACCAGAGCAGACGUCCCCCCUUGAACAGCACAACGAACCAUCCGAACAA